AUGGAACAAGAAGGGCUAACACCGUUUCAAAUUCUGUUUCCGCUGCCGCAGCGUUGCAUCAUUCUAUUGGUGGCCGGUCUGUGGUUGUGGUACUGGCAAAUUUCCGUUCUUGUCAAGGUUUUCCACAUCGAUGUAUCGCAGUUAAUCCUUUCGCAUGACCCUACAGAAUUCACACCUCGCUCGUCAACGUCCAAACUGGUCGAUUCUACACGUCGCGUAAUUGCACGAAUCACCAAAAUAAUAGUUCCCUGGCACAUCCUGACCUGUUUUUUAUUGUACCAAUGCAACGCUGAUCAAAAAUAUGCUCCAGAGGUUUGGAUGGUUUGUUUGUUGAAUGUCCAACCCGCAUGUCAAUUGAUCACCAUUUUUGCUCUUCUGUUCUCGAGCUCUCCGAUGCUGCUUCGUUGCUGCAAAAACAUCCUAUGGUUCGGGAACAUUGAGCCCAAACCGCUCAGAUUUAACUACAUCCUAAUUACAGAUUCGCUGACCUCAUACAGCAAGCCACUGAUCGAUUUUGGACUUUAUCUAUGCCAUCUAGUGCAGGAUCCAAUGGACGAAAGGUGCAUUGUAACACGCGGCGCCCUGGGAACAUCCAUCAACUUGGAUUUGAUAAUUGGCACAACCCCGGUUAUGCUACGUUUUACACAAUGUAUGCGUGAAUGGAAAAGAUCAAGUACACGUAAAGAUGCCAGUGCAGCCCUAUUCAACGCUAUCAAGUAUUCGUUCUCUUUACCGAUGCUAAUAUGCACUGUUUACACAAGGUCGCACCCUGGAGAAAAACCAGGAAACUCUAUUUAUUGGUUUAUGCUGAUGAGCUCUGCUUACGGGUUUUGGUGGGACAUGACAAUGGAUUGGAAUUUGGGCAUUUUUAACUUUAGCUCUCACGGCAUGGACCGUAAUGAAUUCUUGAGGGGUCGCAGGAUUUACCCCGUAUUCGCCUACUGCGCUGCGAUGUUGAUCGACUUCGUUCUUCGGUUUACGUGGCUAUGGGAAUUCAUAAGUGGCGCAAGCGUCUUUGAAGGUGAAGCCAACAUAUUUUUCCUUCAGAGUUUAGAAUUACUGAGAAGAUGGGUAUGGAUUUUCGUCAAGCUCGAGGCAGAGGCAAGCGUUGGCGAUACUUCCGAAAAGAUUCCAGAGUAA